AUGGAUCUGGUGCUGUGAAAAUGCCUUCUCCUUGAGGCUGUGAUGGGUAUUCUUCGGUCUGUGAGGGCCACAGAAGGACCCAGAGACCCAUACUGGCUUGGUGUCUCAAGGCAGCUCAGAACAAAAGCCUGGAACAGGCAGCUGUAUCCAGAGUGGAAAAAAAUCCAAGGGUCUGAUUGCUGGAGAGGUGGCCAGGUGGCCCUAAAGGUCAGUAAUGAUGGGCCUACAUUAGUUGGGGCAAAUGCCUCCUUCUCCAUUGCUCUGCACUUCUCUAAAAGCCAAAAGAUGCUGCCAGAUGGGCAGGUCAUCUGGGCCAACACCACCAUCAUCAAUGGUGACCAGGUGUGGGGAGGACAGCCAGUGUACCCCUAGGACCCUGAUGAUGCCUGCAUCUUCCCUGAUGGUGGGGCUUGCCCAUCUGGCCCCUGAUCUCAGAGGAGAAACUUUGUUUAUGUCUGGAAGACAUGGGGCCAAUACUGGCAAGUGCUCGGGGGCCCAGUGUUGGGGCUGAGCAUUGGGACUAGCACAGCAGUGCUGGGCACACACACCAUGAAAGUGACUGUCUAUCACCACAGGGGGGCUCAGAGCUACAUGCCCCUUGCUCACUCCCACUCAGCAUUUACCAUUACUGACCAGGUACCUUUCUCUGUGAGCAUGUCCCAGGUGCAGGCUGUGGAUGGUGAGAACUUCCUGAGAAAUCAACCUUUAACCUUUGCCCUCCAGCUCCAUGAUCCCAGUGACUAUUUGACUGGGGCUGACCUCUCCUACACCUGGGACUUUGGAGACAGUACUGCCCUGAUCUUUCAAGCACUUUUGGUCACUCACACUUACCUAGAGUCUGGCCCAGUCACUGCCUGGGUGGUGCUGCAGGCUGCCUUUUCUCUUGCCUCCUGUGGCUCCUCCCCAGGUCCAGGUACCACAGAUUGGCAUGUACCAACUGCAGGGGCCCCUGGCACCACAGCCAGGCAAGUGCCUACUGCAGAAGUCAUAGGUACUAUACCUGUUCAGGUGCCAACUUCAAAGCCCUCUGGAAGCACAACUGAGCAGGUGCCAACCUCAGAGGUCAUAGGCACCACCCUUGCUGAAAUGCCGACUGCAGAGGCCAUAAGUAGGACACAUGAAGUGUCAACUGCAGAGCUCUCUGAAACCACAGUCACACCAGUAAUGACUACAGAAUUGCUGGAGCCCACAGAUGGAGAGGUGCCCACCCUUGAGCUGCAGAGUCCAGUUGCCAGCCCAUUCAUGCCUACAGAAGGUAAAGCUGACUGGGGAAGCAGCCCUAAGGUUUUCCUGUCUUGGACCUUUGGGGAGGCCUGGGAGAGGAGCCCAACCUUAAAAUCUUACAACCUUACAGAGGGCAUUGAGAGCGCUGUGAUUCUGCAGGCUACGCUGUCCAGCAAAGGGGAUGCAUUUGAGCCGACGUCCUGCCAAGGCAGGCUGCCCAAGGAAGCCUAUAUGGACAUCUCAUCAUGGUGCCAGCCCCCUUGCCAGCAUCUGUGUCAGCCUGUGCUACCCAGUCCAGCUUGCCAGCUGGUUCUGUACCAGGUACUGAAGGGUGGCUCAGGAACCUACUGCCUCAAUGUGUCUUUGGCUGAUGCCAACAGUCUGGCAAAGGUCAGUACCCAGCUUGUCAUGCCCAGUCAGGAAGCAGGUCCUUGGCAAGCUCCCGUUGUGGUCAUCUUGCUGAUGUUGAUAGUGAUGGUGCUGGCAUCUCUGGUACACAGGCACAGACUUCUGAAGCAGGGCUCAGCUCUGCCCCCUCCCCAGCUGCCAUGGGGCAGUAUCCACUGGCUGCAUCUGCCCCAGGUCUUCCGCCCCCACCCCACUGGUGAGAGCAGCCCCCUCCUUAGUGGGCAGCAGGUCUGAGUACUUUCACAUAACACCCAGGGCCACAGCAAAUUCUGUCUUUUCUUCAGUGUUCCCUGGGAGAUAACUAUUACCUGAAAUAA